UCACAAAUGAAAAUGGCGUCGUAAAUAACUUUUACUUUCAAAGCAUCGGCACUGUGAUAUAUUUAAGUGGUAUUUUUUCUGUUUUGAACACAAAAUAAUUAUGGGUGUUACAGUAUUACAGCAAUUUCCAAUGAUGGAAAAACGAACAGGACCACAAACGAUAGAUUUUUUAACCAAACGAGUCUUAGCACUUGGAGCUGUGCAAGUUGGGCAAUUUUUAGUUGACUGUGAAACAUUUACAUCUGUCCCUCAACUUGGGGUCCAGCGAACAGUUCACGUACUCCAUAAUUCAGAACAACCAGCAUCAGUAUUUGCUAUUCUGGAGUCGGGAACCAAAGUAGUACCUCUCAUCGCUGAUGGAUUGUUUGAUUUACUAAUGCUGAAGAUCGCUUCUAUUUAUACAAGUAAAAAACAAACGAAAAUUGAAUCGAAAGGUCCGAGAUUUGAAAUUGGAGAUUUUUGUGUUAAACUUGGAAGUGUUACCAUGAGCCAGAAUUUCAAAGGAGUUCUUGUUGAGGUCGAGUACAGACCUUGCGUAGUACCGGGAAGUGCCUGGGAACUCAUGAGAGAAUUUCUUCAGGGAUUCUUGGGAUCAGCAGUGUCGAACCAGCCUCCACAGUAUUUACAGAAUCGGAUGAAUGAUAUUUAUCAACCCCUAGACACCAUUCAACAAUAUUUGGAACAUUUUGGGCAAUACAGGAAAGCUACUGGUGUUAUAUAGAAUAGAAUAAAAAAUUAUACAAUAAUAAAUUGUUAAACAGAUCUCAUAAUAUAAUUGUAUAUGUUGAAUUGAAUAAAGAAGUUAUUGAUUGAUAAAUAAA